AAUUGUAUUGAAAAUAAUAUUAAUAAAUAAUGGACUCUCAAUUACCAAAGAAACGGCAGCUACCAAAGCUCAUGGCAUGUAUGACGAAAACAAGUUUGGAGAAUCUAAGAAAUCGUGCUCUGUUUAGUUUGGAGGCUCUAGAUGCAAAAGGGAUCCGGAGGCGAAAAAGGCCAUUACACCAAUGCUUGAUCCUUGAACUUCGGGAAUCUGGUUUCUUUGAGUCAUCUGACUAUCUUCAAGACCUGAUAUAUGACAAUAUACAGCUGGUUAAAAACGAUGAUAUUGGUAUCGUUGUGGAUCUGAGAAAGAGAGAAGAUUAUCUUGAACAUAUUUGUGCUGGACUCAUUCAAGCUGAGAAAUAUCGAGACAAGGGAGACACGAAAAAAGAAUGUCUCGAGCUACUUGUUCUUGCUAUACAUUAUGCGGAAAAGGGUAAAGGCAUACUUUGGCUCGCUGAGAAGUUUUUCCUGGCUUCGAUUGCGGUGUCGAGCCAGUAUCUCAUAGAUGGAGGACGGCAGAAGGGUUGCUGCAAAUACCACUAUGCGAAAUUUCUACUUGACAAGUUUCCAGGAGCGGAUCCUGAAGAACCUUUUGUUAUUCUGACUGAAGUACGAGACAGUGCGAUCGGAAAGGAUUGGCCGCUUUACGAAGCAGUUGAGGGAGAAGAGAUAGUAUCAUCUGAAAUGUUAUUUUCUGCAACAGCAAUUCAGUUACAUAGGGUUCUAGUGAAUAAAGCCAGGUUGUGUAGAACGAAAGAAGUGGCCAAGUCCGAAACUUUGGCCCGGUUGGCCGAGAGAAGAGCUAGAGACGCUGACGAUGUACCAAAAACAGCUGAAGCAAUUAUUGAGAUUGGGAUCAGCCAAUUAAUGAUGAAUAAUUUAAAUAACGCUCAAAAAACCUUUGAAAAGGCGUAUAGGAUACAUACAGAGAGCAAUAAUAACGAAGGCUUGUGCGAAACAAAAAUGCAUAUGGCCGCUGUCAUGCAAAGGCUGGGUGAAUAUGAAAAAGCGACCAAAUUACUCACGGAGAUGGGUGCCAUGGCUAUGGAGCAUAACCUUCGUCGUCAGCUGGGCCAAGCACUCCAUCUUCUAGGAGAGCUGCAUUUGAGGAGUGAACGCCCAGAACUUGGUACUCAGCAUCUUACUGAAGCCUUCCACUGCUUUCUGGGUGACAGUUGUUUGUCAGAUGCGGAGUCUAAAAGACAAGCUGAAACGGAAAAAAAAAGUGGCGCUGAUAUUGAUGUGAUUUUUGUAGAAGAGACGAAAGGUAUCGUUUAUGAGGUGGAAGCUGAGCAGUCACGACUAAUGAUGUCUAUAUCAGCAGGUCAAGAACUAAUGGCGUCGUAUUUUAAUCUUAUAAGAGAGUCUCGAAAAUGUUCAAUUUCAAAAAUAAAGAUAAUUGAAUGGAAGCUAUCGAAAUCUGGCUGGUGGGUUGAAAGGCACCAUCACGACCUUCUUCCGUGUCUCUGCCCCAUUCAUCAACGAUCACCACUGGAUAUCCUUCGUAUUCAGCUGAUACAGAGGUCUACAGCGUUGUCACAAUCAGAGAUUGAUACGUCUCUUGGGCGAACAGGAGUUAUUGAGGAUAUAAGAAAACUUCGAAGCAGUUUUGGAUCGGUCGAAGGUAAUAAUGAAAAUAAAUUUAAUUAA